AUGGAUGAGCUCCAGAGGAAGUUCGACAAGAGGGACGGAUCCCUAGAGCCCGAGGAUGUGUUGUCCUCUCCGUUCGCAAACGUCAUCAUGGAGGAGCCCUUACCUCGAGAUUUUCACUUUCCCACCAUUAAAGCGUACUCGGGGACCACGGACCCACGGGCACACCUGACCAGGUACAGAGCCGCCAUAAUGAUCACCGAGGCGACAGACGCAAUCUUUUGUAGGGGGUUCUUCGCCACCCUGGACGGGCAGGCGCAUGAUUGGUUCGGAUCCCUCCCGGCGGGGUCCAUCUCCACCUUUACGGACCUCACCCGGCAGUUCCUAUCCCAUUUCGCCACCAGCAUACAACGGAAGAAGCAAAUUGCCGACCUGUGUGAUUUGAAGCAGGGGAGCUCGGAGUCACUAGCUGAGUACCUCAGGAAGUGGAAGAAAGAGGUCAUGGGGGUCGCCGACUUUGAUGCGAAAUCGGCCAUGGUAAUUUUCCGGAACAACUUGAGGUCGGGCGCUUUUCACCAGGACCUCAUCAGGUACCCCCCCAGGACCUACACCGACCUGAUGGACAAGGCAGCGAGGUACGCUGACGCCGAGGCUGCCGAGAAGAGGAAGAAGGAGCAGGAAGAAGGAAGAGGUCGAAAAGACAAGGCACCCCAGGAGGAGCGCAAGGCGCCCCGACCACACCCACGGGAGUACGCUGAGGGGCCCAGGAUGAACCCCACACGCUAUCUCACCCCGCUGACACAACCCGUGGGUACUAUCUUGGCGCAUGCGGAGGACCAGGGAAUCGUGGUAUUCCCGAAGGAGGAGUGCAUGGAGAUAUCGACGGGGGGGACCCCAACAAGUACUGCAGGUUCCAUCGGCAGAAAGGACACGAUACAGACGAGUGCAUCCUCCUAA